AAAAAAAGAAAAAUGGCUAUAAAUAGGCAACCAUUUGUCCUAUAAAUAUGAAAAUCGUUGUGCAAGAUCUUGGUCCAAAAAGCCACAAGUGUUUAUGGGAACAUUUGUGUUUCUCAAAAAAAAACAUGGCCACCAUUGCCCGAUGAAGUUUGUUAGACCUGUUAGACAUGGUAAACGGAGGCCGAUUGGAAUGAAAACUCAGUGGUCCGUUUGACGUUUGACUCAUGGCCCCAAAUGUCUGUGAAAAAUGUGAAAGAAAUCAGCCACUGGGAAGUGGUAUCGCAUUUUUUUUUAUUGUACAUUGCGCAGUUUUUUUACAUGCAAUAUUCUUAUGAUAGACCUCCUCAUUCCAAAAAACUUUAACUUUAGAACCGCUGUCAAUCAAACCAUUUUUAAAAUGAUUAAGAAGAUACAAACUUUUGCGAACUAGUCCUGGAUUAUUGGGAAGCUAUAACAGGUUCCUUCAGAAAAGGAAUAUACCCAAAAGACUAUAAAGCUUAAACAAAAAUUCUAAACUUCAUAAAACCUGCUGGGCACAUGCAACAGGUGAUUCUAAUCAAGCAUACAAAGUUCAAGGGAGAUCGGACCCCAGUUGGCGCUAUAACAGUCAAAAACUUUGUAAUAAUUGAUUAAGUUAAAGGCUUGCUUAAUAAUAUGUAAUGUCUUUUUCCUUGCGUGCUUUAAAACCUAAAGCGAUCGAACCCUGGUAAUUGCUGCUUGAAGCUAUAUAUAUUAUUAUAAUUAUUCAUAAAAAAUAUUGACCUGAAAAAAAAUGCACAAAUCUUUUUCUUAUUGGUUGAUAUGGUUUCUGCAGAAAGGCAUGGGAUUUGUAUUUUUGUCCACAAUAAUGUUCAUAUAUAGUGAUAAGAUUAUGCUACAGGGUAUAAAUGUCCUAAGUUGUUGUUUUAUAUACACCUAUUAAAAAUAAUAAGUAAAAAAAAUUAAAUAGACUAUUAAUAAUGUGUUUCUUUUAAACCUUAUAAUAAAUUUUAAAAAACUUGAAUGUAAAUGGUGAUUCCUUGUAUUGGGUCUCAGAAGGUUACCUUGGAGCACUCCUGGGUUAUAUAUCCGACUAAUUGAGGUUGAAUGUGAAAAUCCCAUUAGGUCCAUCUAAUAGAUUUAACAUGUGUACUCGCCACCUGAUAGCUGGAGGCUGCAUUACUGUGCGAUCAUAUGCCUAGGGUGCGAAUUACAGGAUGGGGGGUGGGGGGCUAUGAUCCCCUCCAGGGUAAGUUAAGACAAAAGGUUGGGGCUAGGAGUACAUAAAUAUUUUUUUAUUCUACAUUGGUUAAUUAAGUGUGCACAGCUCUGUCUGAAUGAAACAUAUCAGUAAUAUAUCAUUUCAUGCAUCAUUAAAAGUAGACGGGAACUAUUCAUUAUAUAAUUUUACAUCUAAAGCUAUAACUGCAACGACAGUGGAGAUCAGGGAUAGUUGUCUCACUUUUUAUUCCAUGCAUAAAAAAAUCUAAUAUUUAAAAAGGGAAAUUUAAACAGGAAACACAAAACAAUUACAGCUGCAAAGCAUACAAAAUAGAAAUUCCAAUGAAUGAAUUGUAUAAAAUUACAAAAUAUAGCCUAUAUCUCAUGUGACAACUUGCCAAAACAUUACAUGUAUGAAAGACUGUCAAAAAUAUAAUGUUUAAACUUUGUUUUGGAGGUUGCAAUUAAAAAAAAUGCAUUUGGGUCUUUUGACUCGAACCUAGUUAUAGAGAUACAACCACAACCAAUGUGACAAUUAGCCCCGGUCUCCGCUGUACGUGCUGUGUGGACUUCGAAUAGACGCACGGAGCUGUCGUCUCGCCGGUGACUGUGAUUGGUCAGCACCUGCUCACCUCCUUCAUCCAAACUGACAUGAGUUGGAGGAAAUAUAGGCAGCAUCCAAUCCCCCGACCCUCACUACGUGUUGGUCUGCGCUGCUCCCUCCGCCUCGUGUGCUUCAUUCUUCGUUCAAAAUAUUCGCAGUUUUAGACAGCGCUAUCAUCAUCGCACGAGACAUGCGUGUGCAACUGACUAUAGGAGUGUUAAUUUUGUUUUUGGCGGUGCGGCAAACACACGCGACUGAUUCCAGCAGCGCUCAUGACACCUCACAAGAGAGAUCACUGAACAUCCAGAAGAGAAGACUCUCUCUGCAGAACACAGCGGAGAUUCAGCAGUGUCUGGUGAACGCAGGGGAUGUAGGCUGUGGGAUGUUCGAGUGCUUCAACAACAACUCCUGCGAAAUCCGUGGACUACACGACAUCUGCAUGACGUUCCUUCACAACGCUGGCAAAUUUGACUCCCAGGGAAAAUCAUUCAUCAAAGAUGCGCUGAAAUGCAUGGCCCAUGGACUUCGCCACAAGUUCAGCUGCGUCAGCCGCAAGUGUCUGGCCGUGAAAGAGAUGGUGUUCCUGCUGCAGCGCGAGUGUUACGUCAAACACAACCUCUGCUCUGCCGUGAGGGAAAACGUCAAUGUCAUGGUGGAGAUGAUCCACUUCAAGGACCUGUUUCCUAAAGGGCCCCAUGUGGAGUUAGUAAACAUCCUGCUGGGAUGCGGCGAGGAGGUGCGCGUCGCCAUCGCCCGCCGAAUACGAACUCAGUGCGAGCAGAACUGGGGAGCUCUCUGCGGGAGUCUGAGUCUCUGUGCCCUCGGAAAGGUGGAGAACCAGGCCGGUUCCACCCUCGCCCCUGUCCCAGACAUCACCACCCCACCGGGAGCCAGCAGCAACUCCCUCCCUCCUGCGAGCCCGCGUCUCCCUGAGGCCGACGGGGAAACGGUCUGGACACUCACAGAAGAUGAAAAUCAGUCCUCAGGUCCUCAAGAUAACGCCUCUGAUGCCGAAAAAGAGCUAAAGAGGUCUCUGAAUGCCACCAAAAGGAGGUGAAGGGAAGCGGGUUCUUGGUGCCUUUAGCCCACACGUCAAAAAGGCUCAUUCACUGCUCUCCUUCCCUGCCUCUCUCAAGGACAAAUAAGCUGCAGUCUCCAGUGCUUCUAUAAGAGCACCAGCGACGACAGGGUAUUUCAAUGUGAUGUUACAUUUAGAGCUGUCAUUCUGUGAGAACACGGACUGGUACGAUAUUUUGCAAUAUUUCAGUGGCAUUUCACCCUCUGUAGAUAUAUUUGUAGAUUGUGGAAUAAGUGCAUUCCUCAGGCUGCAGACUCUUCAGAAUGCGUAGAGGGAGUCUGUCAGGCUGCAAUUCUGAAUAGCAUUAUUACAAAAACUGGGCCUUGUGUUUUGUGAUGACAUCAUUCCAUCUGCUCAGUAUUUGUCUGUUUUGAAGCAAGUCCAUUUGGGUGAACAUCACAUAAACAUGUCCAGGUCACAUUUCACCCCAAAAGAAAGAAAGGAAAUGUCUAUUAAUAAAAAUC